GGUCAGACAUGGAGAAGGCCACAGCUCCCUUCAACACCAUGGUGCUGCCAUUCAAAGAAGACACUGCACUGACAGAGAUGAUGCGUCUCCGUGUAUCGUCUUUGCAGCGGUCAGGGCAGAAGCGUCAGGACGGUGAGCGUCUGCUUCUUCCCCAUGAGGCCGUGUAUCGGCUGGACUUCCACACCCAGGAGCUGAACUUCUCCCGCUGGUACUUCUCCCUCUCCGGCCACGGUCGAGUCACCAUCACUGGUAUCUCCCAGCACUGGACGCCCGAUCUCACCAACCUGAUGACCCGUCAGCUGCUGGAACCCAUCGGAACAUUUUGGCGCAACGUCGACGACCCGGAGGAUUCGCCGCUCAAAUGCCUGGAGGCGGACAUGCAAGAGUUCGGCGAAAGGAUUGCCGAGCUGGCCAAGGUCAGGAAGGUCAUGUACUUCCUGUUUGCUUUCAGGGAGGGGGCAGAGGCGGCAAAUCUCAGCUGCUCGGUGGAGUUCACACCAGAGAAAUGACCAGUGCAAACCUGCUAGAUUAUUGGAACAGCACUGCAAUAUACUGUUCAGUCUUUGACCUUUAAAAAAAACACGGUACUAGAGCAGAAAAACCUUAUAUCUCCUUUUCAAUAACCAAUACCUCAAGACCUCAUCUUAAAUAUUCUCCCUCCAAAACUCAUUCCCUCUCAUCUCUGAGUUUCCUACAGUAACAAGAAAACGCAUUUUAGCACAAAGAACAAAAGCCAAGUCAAAAUUUUAUAAACAUUUAUCGAAAACAAGUUUUAAAGUGUAAAGAAAGUAUUUUCCACUAAAACAAAGAACACAUACUUAGUACAAAACUAAAAAACCUUGACUAAAGGUAAAACAAUGAAUGCACUUUAUUUAGACUUAAUAUGGAACUAAUUUUCUUGCAUG